CGUUAUCAUCGGAGUAAGGGGAGGCACGCUGUUGGUCUGCGAUAUGAGGUGCUCCCCUCCUCCUCUUGCUUUCCCCCUUUCCCUUCUUCCUUUCUUUCCCAACAACUUCAACCGCCAUCGCCACCAUCACCAGCCCCUGCUCUCCGUCUUUAUUUCCUCCAGCUGUUGCCACUGUCCCACCUCCGCUAUUUAAUUUCAUAUGGAGGUCAACAGCGCAGAGGACCAUCCCUCUGACCACCAUCCCCACCACCGCCACCACCACCAGCCUGGAUACAGCGCUGCCUCUACUGCCAAGCCUACCACUACUACUACUGCCGCUACUAUUACCACUGCCACAACCACUGCCACAACUACCGCGACUGCUGUCGUCCAGCAAGAGCAACAGCAUGGCCAUGCUCGACUACCGCAGGAAUACGCCGGCAAGCACCGCCACCAUUACCAACCGUUAUCCCCGCAACAGCAACAACAACAACAACAACAACAACAAGGACAUGGACAUGCACAUGAACAUGGACAGCAAGGGCAUCAGGAAGACCGCCGUCCGCAUCACCAUCACCACCAGUCUUAUUCCGACAGGGACUCGAGGAUGCCACUACAGAGCCAUCCCAAUCUUAAUCAACGUACACAACCUCAUCACCUCGAUCACCCACGGACGACAGCAGAAUCAGCACCAGCACCAUACUCUCACGAACAACACCCUCGUUCGCAUGGUCAUCCUGCUGCUCUUCAGUACAGCCAGACCGAAGGAGAUCGCAACCACGUGAAUGGAGACAGCAAUAGCGACGCCCUUCUUGUUGGGCGGCAAGAUAGGGAUCUUGAUCGGGAACGGGAGCGAGAGCAAGAACGGGAGCGAUACGACUACAGCAGCAAGCUGGAACAGGAUCAUGUUGGUGGCAACAGCAGUGGCAGUAUUGGUGGCAACAAUAGUGGCAGCAGUACAGGGCACACAGGGCAGCAUCAGCAUCCUAGGAUACGUUCAGCACCACACUCUUUUCAUUCUUAUCCUAUCGGACAUCCUUCAUACUCUUCUGCCACAGUCUCACACCAUCCUAAUGCCCUCAACCGAUAUCCAUUCUCUAUCCCCUCCAUUUCAGACAAGCUGAGCCAGCCGGCUCCAGAUGAUGGAAACGAUGCUCUUUCGUCUCUGUGGAAGAAAACGACGCCGAUCCAGGAACCCUACUUCCAAACGCGGCACACAAUCGCCUCGCAACACACGCUCUCGACACUCGGAGGAGUGCUAUUUUCGCUGGAUGAAGUGCCACUGGAGUUCACACAGGAUAUGUAUAUCGCUAUGAGGAAUCGCAUCUUUGAAUUAGAGGCAAAAUCAGUCAACUAUUCACCAUUUUCAUCUUCACGGAAGCGAUCUCUCGACAGAACUGGCUUUGAUGUCUAUCCUGAUCGCUUUGGGCCCGACUACGAAUCAGGAUACUACUACAAGCGGCCAAGUUAUGGAUAUCCUCCACACUCAUCCUCUCGUUCACAUGGUCCACCCGAUGACGGCCGACCGCUCUCUCCAGUCCACAGAUAUUCAUCGUCCUAUCCAUCAUGGUAUACUCCAGAGGUGUACACCAAUGGAUCGCGUUAUCCCCCUCAUCACAGCAGACGCCCAUCAGAUCGCGACAGAGACUACCGUCCCUCAGGAACACAUUAUUACGAUCGUGAUUCACGUCCUGGAUCCCGUCCAAGCUCCCCUCCGCCUGGCAACAGUCCUAUGGCGAUGCCUUCUACGCGCUCUGCUUACAGCCCUCCGCCUCCUCUAUCUACAUCUUCCAGGCCGCCGGAGCACCCUGGCCAUCCUCAUCCACAUGGUGCGCCGCCACAGGAAUCCCGCCCACCUCACCAUCCUGACGAUAGGACUCCUCAGGGCCCUUCACAUAAUGGAGCAUACCCCACAGGCAUCCAUUCACACUCAGCACCACUGUCUCUCACUCAGCAACAACCUGGCCAUGCUCCUCGUCCCCAUCAUCCACAGCAUCCCAUAAAACCCCAUACUCAGCCUCCAGCUCAUCACCAAUCACCUCCCCAGCACCCUUCACACGGUCAACAACAUCCAGCGCAACCGUCCCAUGGAUACCCAUCGAGCCAUCAACAGCAACCGCACCAGCGACAAGUAAUACUGCCCAAUGAAGCAGCUGGCGAAACAGAGAUGCGUCAGUCCAUCCACCAGCAGCGGCACAGAGCACAGCAGCAAGCACAGUCGGCUCAUUCAAGGUCUUAUCAUCUCCACAAGCAUAUGCGCAUGCUGGAUCAGCAGCGUGCGGCGCAAGCGGUGACUCAACAGCAGCAGCAACAAUUGCAGCAGCAACAAAAGCAGCAGCAACAACAACAGCAACAGCAGCAGAAACAGCAGUUUCGACCGAUCCAGAGGCAUUAUCAACCCCAUCAACAGAUGUAUCCAGUCCACAACCAGCCGAUUCCUAUCAAACCGCAUCCACAGCCACCAUCGCAGCAGCCGCAAGUGCAACCUCAACCUCAAAAACCUCAACAACAACAACAACAACAACAGCAGCAACAGUCUCAGCAGCCUCAAAUGUCCGCACUUCGAGCAGCUCUUCUGCCAGCUCAGCAGCGCUUGACACAACAGCAGCAGAUGUUGCAGCGAUACCAACAACAUCGCCAGAUGCAGCAGAAGCAGCAGCAAUUGCGUCAACUGCAGUACUUACGCAGCCGCCAAGCAGGGUCCUACCCCACACAAAAGAAUCCGCACAACGUUACAGCAUCUCCUGGAUCACACUCUCCAACCCCACCCCGGGUUUUUGGGCCGCAGGUGGAUCGACCAAUCAAAAAAUCGACCCGACCCCUGGAGUGUUCAAACUGUAUGGCGCUGGAUUCGCUGGCCUGGAGGCCCAAGGCCGAGCUGCAGAUCGUUACACCAGAUGGUUCCACACCCUCUGGGGCACCCCCGGAAUCCGCAACAGAAAGCAAGAUAUUAUGUCCAGCGUGUACACAAUAUCUGCAGAUGCAUGGAAAGCCCAGACCUGUGCCUCCGUUCCGCGCCAACUUUCUGAAAAAGAUUCACACUCGCUUCAAGCGAGAACUGCAGGAGGUUCGGUUCCAGGGAUGGCAGGAUGCGCAAGUGCUUGAGAUCGAGGACCGGAUGGUGGAGCGUGAGUUCCAGAUGGUGUUCAAUGGAUUGGACGAAGGCGAUGCGUCUUUGAUCCAAAAUGAGCAAUCGUCCGGCACAGGAUCGCCGGCCCCACCCGCCCCUGUAGCAACGGUUGAAGUCUUUGCUUCUACCCCCAGUGAAAAACCUUCUGGGGAGAGCACGGCUAUUCCUUCCACUGCCAAGGAACCAGAGACCAUUAUCAUCAAGAUUGAGGAUGAUGAUGAUGAUGACAUGCCUUUGAAGACAUCGGAGCCAGAUCAUGUGGAGGUACGUACAUUUCAAAGCGAGGCGUCUGUCGGGGAACUCUUUGGUCAUCGAUGGAGGACUGAGCCCGUGGUCGGAUAUACGCUGGUGCAUUUCGGUGGAUCGGACCGUACCCGCAUGGUACCCAUGAACCCCACGGUUCCAUCCCUGACUGUGACAUUCAAUCGGUCGACUUCGACGAUCACCUUUGCGUUCAGAGUUCUCGUCAAUGGAUUGUGUUUGCUUUCUUCAGGAGGAGGUCCACCUGCCCUGCAUAUGCCGGAAAUGGCAGACGACGAGGAAUCGGAAGGUGAGGAGGAGGUCGUGAUUGUCCCGGAUAACGAUAAGGACGACCCAUCGCCCUCGCCACCAGCAGCAUCAUCGGCAGCAACAACUACGUCUGAUGCACCGACGGGAACUAAGGAGGGUGUUGUUAAUUCUACUACUGACGUCUCGGAAAAGAGCUUGACGGCGACUGAGGCGAUGAGCAUGGAUGUAGAUGAAGUCGGCUCCAAGAACAUAUAAGCAGAGGGUGCCCCUUUUUUUCUUCCUAAUCUUUCCAAGAGGCACUGUCCACACAGCAGCAUUUGUAUCAGCUAAUCUCCCUGUGUAUGUUUUUUGUACUUCUAAUCCUUAAUACAAUUUCUCUUAUUACUUCUGCCUUGUAUGUACAAUACUUCGUAUCCCUUU